AUGUCCAGUCGGCAACAGAUUGACUCGGUCAUCGAUGAUGACGACGAGUUCUGCCCCCUGUGCAUCGAGGAAUUCGAUCUGUCCGACAAAAACUUCAAACCCUGUCCUUGCGGAUACCAGAUCUGCCAAUUCUGCUACAACAACAUCAAAACCCAUAGCGAGGAAGGCCGGUGCCCGAACUGCCGACGGGUCUACGAUGAGAGCACCAUCCAGUACAAGGUCCCUGAUGCCGACGAAUUCAAAGCCGACCUGGCCCUGAAACAUCGAAAGGCCGCCGCCGCCAAGAAGAAGGAAGCCGAAAAACGCGAAAUCGAGGCCUCGAGUCGCAAAAACCUUGCUGGUGUCCGCGUUGUGCAGAAGAACCUCGUCUACGUGAUCGGCCUUAACCCCACAAUACGCGAUGAAAGCCAGCUUCUGCAGACCUUACGCGGCAAGGACUAUUUCGGCCAAUACGGUGACAUCGAGAAGAUUGUCGUCAGCAAAGCGAAGCCCGGCGGUAACCCUCACCAGGGAAUCGGUGUCUACGUCACCUAUGCUCGCAAGGCUGAUGCAGCGACUUGUAUUGCGGCGGUGGAUGGUUCUGUAAACGGUGACCGAGUGCUCAGGGCCCAAUACGGUACGACGAAAUACUGUUCCUCCUUCCUCCGCAAUGAGCAGUGCCAUAAUCGAAACUGUACCUUCCUGCACGAGACUGGCGAAGAGAGCGAGAGCUAUAGCCGUCAAGAUCUGUCUUCCAUCAACACCCUGUCCAGUCAACGGUCGAAUCCUACCGCCCCUGGUGGACCCGGUCCUUCGAUCCCGCCACAUGUGGCUCGCUCUUCCGCCGUUCCGUUGUCGCAACCCAUGCGUCGCCAGCCAAGUAAGGAUGAUCCGGCCGUCAUCCGGCCUCCCGACGGAUCUGCUCUCCCUUCCUCGGCAAGCUGGGCGAACAAGGACGCCGUCAUGCAUCGCACUAGGCGGACUAGUUUGUCGGGCAGCCAAGCGUCCAACAGCCCGCGGCCUGCACCGGCGACCGUGGCAACGGGCAGCGACGAGUCGAAACGAACCGAGAAACCGUCAGCAGGCACGCAGGAUCGUCGCCAAACGCCUCUCCCAGAACCUCGUCCUGGCACCCCUCGUACGACCGAAGCCCAACCCGCGGCCGAUCCCGUGUCACCUUUGCUGGACGGCUUAAUCAAGGCGGUGAAUUCCCCAGAUUUCAAGUUUGUCUUCUCGGCGGCUGGUCUGCCAGCAGAAGAAGUGACCCGCAUUGAGAACCAUCCGUCCUUUAUCGAUCCUUACGGUGGCGUCAAGCGCCGAGCCAUGCGGGAGAAGGCUGAACAGGAGCGUGUCAAGAGGGAACAAGAGCUCCUGCAGUCUGCGGCCGAGGAGGAGGAACGCCGCGAGAGUGGGAGCUUGCAACUCGGCGGUGAACCAGAUGAUGCCAAUCCUCCUCGAGGUCGGACCGGCCGGGAUUCCCAUGGUGCGAUCCAACCCCCAUCGCAGCAAGGCACGACAACCAACUCGGCGGUGGGAUCCCCCGUAUCCGCCGCAAGCCACCAUUUCCAGGGCCUGAACCUCGCCAGUCGCAGCCUCACCCCUCUGCAACAACAACAAUUGAUGCUUCUCAAGUCUGCCGGCACCCAACAACCGGGUCUGGUCGAUCCCUUGCAGUCGGUCGCUUUGGACCAGGCUGCGCAGGUUCGCCAGGGUCUCCUCCAAAGCCAGAUGGCACAGUUCAGUGCACUCCAGGCUCAGAACCGCCCGAAUUCUCGUUUCUCGUUUGCCUCCGAGGCCGCGGCGAAGAACCUUCCCAACGUCCGGAUGCUCAGUCAGAUGCAGUCCGGAACCCCGAAUCCUCUUGCCGCCCCCAGCCCCCAGCACGGGUUGGCCAGCAACUUCUACACCAGUGGUGUGCAAGGGCCCCCUCCCGGCUUGAAGACGGCCGGCACACCCCCGAUCAGCGGUGGAGGUAUGUUCGCACAAGGUCACGGUUUUACCACCAAUGCCAAUCUCGGAUUAGGAGGCAACCUCGGAAAGCAAGACGCCAACCCGGAAUUGAUGCGCGAGCUCCUGCGGGGCCGCGGUGCCACGAAUGCAGGUGGAUUACAAGGCCCCGAUGCCGCUAAGCGUGAGUUCAUGUUUCCUUUCCUCCAACAGCACCAAACCCCCCCUCCCCUGACUCCCGCCAAUGGCCUUCUCAGCUCUUUCUAUGGCCCCCAGGCGGGGAAUCUCUCCGACGCGGGGCCACAGAAGCAGAAGAAGAAGGGGAAGAAGCAGAGACACGCUAACACUUCCUCCGGUGGAGGCGGUGUAGUAGAUCUUGCGGACCCGAGUAUCUUGCAGGCGAGGAUGCACCAGGUCGGUGCGAAUGCUGCUGCUGGGCAGGCACUGUAUGGGAGUCAGGGUCAAGCUUCCAAUCUGUUGUUUCUCAUGUUUUGUUUUUUCGUCCCCAUCUUCCGCAUGGCCUGGGGCCUCGUCGCCUUUGCAUGGACACCUUGUGUCUUCGCGGUCCACGGUGCUUCAGUGGCCCUCCAUCUUGGUGCCACUUCGGUCUGGUCAUGGCUUUAUAGUUCCGCUCGUGCUGGCACCCCGACUCUUCCGCCCGGUCUCCCUUUGCCCCAUGCUCACCCUGCGUCAUCUUUGCUUCAUAGCCCGAUCAAUCCUUCUAGUCCGACGUUGUCUGUGUCCGGACCUCCUCCUGGCUUGAAUAUUCCUUUCCACAGAUUUGGGACUCCGUCUCAGAGUUUCCAGGAAUUAACCUCUCGUCAGCAGUCCCCUGGUUCCAAGGAUACGCCGGAGGAUGCUUCCCCCUCAGCUCGUGUCAAGAAUGUGUCAGAGAUCUCACUGGGCUCUCCGGUGCCAAAGUCGGCGCACAAGGCUAGGUCUCAGUCGAAGGAUGAGUUGACAGUCUCUGCGGACAAGACGCCAAAGAAGGGUGACAGUCCCGAAGAAAAGGUGUCCCUAGCAAAAGGCAAGCCUAUAAAGCUGGAUCUGAACACCUCGCAAGCGUCAGAGGUCACGAAGCCUGAAGGGAUGGGCCAACCUCACCAUCACCCAGCCCCCUCAUCUGCAGUUGGCUCCCGCCCAAACACCCCAAUGACGGCUGCAUCUCGCCUGUCUGAUUCUUCCGCCCCACGCCAACCGAGAGUCUUGCGGGUCGUUGAUACCCCCAAGGCGGAGACACCGCCUCCUGCCUCCGCUACGCAGUCUGUUUCAUCUCUGCCCGCUGUCAAUAAGGCCCGUUCCAGACGCCCAAGCAUCUCGUCCUUGAGUAGACCUGAUACUCCGGGUGAUCUAGGAUCGGAGGCCGACCUCUAUACCUCCGCUUCGGUGUCUCGUGCCAACUCGCCCCCUGCUUCCUCUAGAAUUGGCUCCGCCCCUGUCCGAUCUGUGACGAAGAGCCAGGCCAAGAAAGAGCGCAGACAGAAGGCCAAGGAAGCUGAAGCUAAAAAACAGGAGGCGACCUCGGUGGCUGAAGAACCAGUGCAGGCGCCUAUUAUUGGAAGGAAGAGGAAGACCAAGAAAGCCCCAACCCCUUCGGCAGAGCAGCCCUCAACCCCGGAAACCACGAUAGAACCCGCCAAGCCCAGUGAAAAAGCAAGCGAUACCAGUGACAAAGCUGAGCCGAAGGUCGAGCCCAAGAAGACCAAAGCAAAGGACAAAGCUGUGAAGGAUCCCAAGCCUGAACCUGUCGAGGUGAAGGAGGAGCCCAAGAAGCCCCAGGAGGCCUGGCGGACCAAGAACACGGUUGAGCAGAUGAUCAAGGACUCCGAAGCCUUUGGCACCUCGAUCAAGGAGCUCUUUGCCGAGCGGACCUCCUCACUUCAGGUGUUGCUUGCUCAACUGCACAAGUCUGGCCAGCUGGACUUGAACAGCCACCCAUUGUUCAACCCGCCCAACCUCAGCCAACGUGUCGACAUGAAGUGCACCUCCGAUGACUAUGAGACCCUGAAGCAACCCAUCGAGUUGACCGACGAGCACCGCCGAGCUCUGCUCCGAGGGGAGCCUGUUCGGAUUAACCCUGAUUCUCCUUUGCUGAAGGACCGGUGUCUGAUCAGUCCCCGCGGGUGUGUGCUUCAUCACCUCACUCCGGAGGAAGAAGAGCGCUAUCUUGCACUGGAGAAGCAUGUUGCGUGGGCGAUGGAUUCUUUUCAGGAAUACCCUGCUGUCCCGAUCACUGAGCCCGAUAUGUCCAACCGCGGCGGUGGUCUCGACGCGCUCUUUGCUACUCCUGAAAACUUCAAUGUGUGCUGGGUGGACGAAGCGGCUGGAUCAUUAGCCUGCACGACCUCGUCCACCGGUCUCACCGACAGCCCUACUGUCUCUGUGACCGGGGCACCUCCCAACGUCCUCUCGGCUAUGGAAGCAGACAGCACUCGCAGCCACAACUGGGCCAUCGCCAACACCGCCGAGUUGGUCAAUGCGACAGCUACGUCUGUUCGGUCCUUUGCGGCGGCUACUGCUAAACACAUGUUGGGUGCCGCGGGCGUGGUUGUGGGUAAUAUGCCGGACUUGGAUGAUGUUGUUGGUAUGACGGAUGAUGAACUGCGCUCGUUUGCCGUCAAGUCUCAGAAGGAGCUCGAGGUGUCGCGCAAGGAGCUUGACUCGAUUGAUAAGAAGCUGAGCGCGCUCGUCAAGCGGAACAAGAAGCUGGCGCAGCAGGCUUUGACCACUAGUGUUGAGUCAUCUACUGCCCCUGUCAAGGGACCAUCCAAGGCAAACGAGAAGCUCAGCGUUUCUCGUGCACUGCCGGUGCCGUCGACAGAGCGAUCCAUCUGCAUAUUCCUGCAUCACUAUGUCUUGUCCGAUGCUCUCCUUGGGGCAGCCGCCCAUCUGACGGUGUCCCAAGUUGUAGGCCACAUGAAAUCCAGCCAGGCGGUCCACUAUGCCGUGUCGGCAGUUGGGUUGGCCAUGCUGGCGAACAUGGGAGAUGCACCUGGUGUAGCUGACGAGGCAAGGGCACAUUACGCCCAGGCGUUGCGGUUGACCAACGUGGCGCUGAGUAACAAGGCCAAGGCUCUUGAGAAUACGACACUCAAUGCGGUGAUUAUCCUUGGCAUGUUUGAGGUGAUGUUGGGCGGCACCCCCAAAUCGCUGGAGAAUUCGCAGAGACAUCUCGCCGGUGCUGCGGCGCUUCUUGAAGUCUGGGGUUCUCGUCAGGCUUGCAGUUUGACUGGAAUCCAGCUGUUCACGCAACUCAGGACAGACCUGACUGUUAACUUGCUUCUGGAGAUGGCCAACUGCCUGAGAACGCAAACCCACGUGCCGGACACGGUGAGGAGAUUGUCAGGCUUUGUUCAAUCCUGCAGGUCAAAGGAAGAUGUCCAAGUGGAAGUCCUUGUGGAAUUAAUAGCCGAGAUGGCCGACCUGCUGGCGGAUGUGAAAGGAAACGGCAUCCCCAACCCGUUGGAGGCUAUGGGACGAGCCUGGGUGAUUGAUAGCAGACUGGAAGCCUGGAGUCUCGGCCUGCCUCAACGCUGGCAAUACACGAUCCACCACAUACCCGCGAACCUUCCAGGCGUGAUAUCAGAACUGGCGUUCGAUGGUCAGUACCACGUUUAUCAGGAUAUCUGGGCUUGCAACAUUUGGAACUACUACCGAAACGCACGCGUCCUCCUCAACUUACUGAUCCGUGAUCGACUGGUGGUAUACCUCACUAUCCAGCCGUACCCGGAGUGGAAACCCCUCCUGGACCAGACCAGGUCCAAUAUACAGCGCUUCUCGGUGGAUAUCCUGCUCAGCGUGUCUUUCGCCAUUGCGGUGCAAUUCGCGUCGUUGCAGCGCGGCCGGGAUCACACGCGUCCUGGCGGCUACCUGGGUGCUUAUUACGUUAUUUGGCCUCUAUACGUGGCUGUCAGUGUACAGAUCCCAGGCACACCGCUGUGGGAGUGGGCUGUUGGACGGUUGGAGUAUAUCGGGCGUAUCAUGGGAAUCGGCCAGGCUUUACUCAUGGCCAGGGCUCUGAGAAGGGAGCUUGAGCGGACGGAAACCUUUGACACAUGA